AUGGACCUAGGUCUUGUGCCAGUAUUCCCAGGGCAAUGCCCUGCUUCUCAUAAGAAAAGAGAAGAAACGGUUUACUCACAUCUGGGAGUCCUAGAGCUGGGGCUGACAUCAAAGCCUUCUUCAGUGAAUCGAAGGCUCGCUCAGCUGAUACAGGGCCAAGAUAGGAACAGGGGAUUUUUGGCGAGCCAGGCAGGAGACUCUCUGCUCGACUACGGGAUCGACUGCGGGGCGGACUCUCCCAGGCGCGCCCCGAGCACUUUCCUCGGAGGAGCCUCCGCUACCAGCCGCUCACCGUGGGGGGCAGACAAGGACUUCCUGAAGCCACGGACCAAACGGAGAGAAGGAAAAUGGGAUGAGGUAUCAUACGCGGAUAUGUUUUUCACUUUGCGAAAUCACCCAGAGUGGCAAAGGGACUGUGGGUUAGUACCCCCACAGGACCCUAUGGUGCUCGCACUUGAACGAGAAAAUAAGGAAAGUAGGGCUCUCCUGGGGAGGGACUUGCUGGAACAACUGGAAGCAAAAAUUGUCUUUGAAAAAGGGGAAGUCACCUUGGAGGUAAAAGAUCAGCAGUACAUUCAAGUGCUGAGUCUCACUCUAACUAGUUCUUCGUCAGGAGGAGAAAUUAGUGAGGAAAUUUUAAACCAAGUAUAUCCGGGAGUUUGGGCUACCGAUGUACCUGGAAGGGCGAAAAACGCUCUACCAAUUGAGAUCAGGAUUAAGGAAGGUCAACGACCGGUGAGAAUUAAACAGUAUCCUUUAAAAAGGGAGGAUAGGGAAGGAAUCCGACCAGUAAUAGAGAAAUUUUUGCAAUUAGGGUUACUAGAAGAGUGUGAGUCUGAGUUCAAUACCCCUAUACUGCCCGUUCGGAAACCUGAUGGGUCGUAUAGGGUGGUUCAGGACUUACGGGCUGUGAAUAAAAUAGUUGAAGAUCUCCACCCAGUGGUAGCAAACCCAUAUACACUGUUAACUGUAUUAACACCAGAGUUGAUUUGGUUUACUGUCUUAGAUUUGAAGGACGCCUUCUUUUGCCUUCCUCUCCAUAAAGCCAGCCAAAAGUUGUUUGCAUUUGAAUGGGAAAAUCCUAAAACUGGUCGAAAGACCCAACUCACCUGGACAGUGUUGCCACAAGGGUUCAAGAAUAGCCCUACUCUUUUUGGCAACCAGCUUGCAAAGGACUUGGAAUCCUGGGAAGCCCCAUCCGAGAAAGGAAAAUUAUUGCAGUACGUGGACGACAUUUUGAUCGCUACUGAGACAGAAGAGGACUGUGCAACGUGGACGGUGAGCUUGUUAAAUUUUUUGGGACUACGGGGGUAUCGAGUCUCUAAGAAGAAAGCCCAGGUGAUACAACGUAAAGUAAACUACCUGGGCUAUGAGAUCACUGCAGGGCAAAGAACUUUGGGACAGUCCCGUAAGGAGGCCAUAUGUCAAACCCCGAAACCUCAGACAGUAAAAGAAUUAAGAACCUUCUUGGGAAUGACGGGGUGGUGCAGGCUAUGGAUCUAUAAUUAUGGACUGCUUGUUAAGCCCCUGUAUGCGCUAACAAACACCGAACAGACGCACCUCGAAUGGGAUGAGGAGGCUGAGCAAGCCUUCGAUUCACUGAAGAAGGCUUUGAUGUCGGCCCCGGCUCUAGGACUCCCAGAUGUGAGUAAACCGUUUCUUCUCUUUUCUCAUGAGAAGCAGGGCAUUGCCCUGGGAAUACUGGCACAAGACCUAGGUCCAUAUCGACGAGCUGUCGCCUAUCUCUCUAAACAACUAGAUGCAACUGCAAGAGGGUGGCCUGGGUGUCUGCGAGCGGUGGCUGCCCUGAUACUGAACAUACAGGAAGCUCGGAAGUUCACUCUGGGCCAGAAAAUGACUGUCUAUGUGUCUCAUACAGUGUCGGCAGUCCUGGAAGCAAAGGGAGGGCAUUGGCUCUCCCCACAAAGAUUUCUGAGAUACCAAGCUGCACUAGUAGAACAAGAUGAUGUACAGAUAAUAGUCACUAAUAUUGUCAACCCAGCUUCUUUCCUCAGUGGUAACAUGGGAGAACCAGUGCACCAUGACUGCUUGGAAACAAUUGAGGCGACAUACUCAAGUCGCCCUGACCUAAAAGAAAGCCCCAUGAAGGAUGAAGAGAGCUGGUUCACGGAUGGAAGCAGUUACGUCCUGAACGGUAAUCGACAUGCGGGGUAUGCCGUUACCACCAGUCAAAAGGUAAUAGAAUCAGGACCUCUGCCUGCAAAUACUUCUGCACAAAAGGCAGAAAUAAUUGCUUUAACCCGAGCCCUGGAACUAGCUAAGGGUAAGAUCAUAAACAUAUACACGGACUCCAAGUAUGCUUUUGGAGUUGUGCAUGCACAUGGAGCAAUCUGGAAAGAAAGGGGACUAUUGAACUCCCAAGGGAAAAACAUUAAACAUGCGGAAGAAAUUUUGAGGCUAUUGGAAGCUGUUCAACUUCCUGAGAAGGUGGCAAUUAUGCAUAUUAAAGCACACCAAAAGGUGAGCUCUGAAUUGGAAAAAGGAAACGAGCUGGCGGAUAGGGAGGCAAAACGGGCGGCCAAAAUAGAGAUAAAGACUGAAGGAGCACUUAUUCCCGAUAGGCAAAUUUCCCUGGAAAGUAAACCAGAAUAUACCAGGGAGGAUCAGAAACUUAUUGCAGAUCUGGAAGGGACAUAUAACAAGGAAGGGUGGGCUUAUACCCCACAGGGGAAGUUAAUUAUCCCCUCUCGUUUACUAUGGCAUUUUACACGAGAGGAGCAUAGAAAGAGACACUGGGGAGCAGAAGCUUUGUAUAGUCAUUUGAUAAAAGAGAUUGUAGCCAGGAAUUUGUAUACCACGGUAAGGCAGGUGACUCGACAAUGCGACAUCUGCCUCCGGACUAAUCCCAAAAACGCCCCCAAACUAGAAAUGGGUCAGAUUGGAAAGGGCAACGGGCCUGGGCAACAAUGGCAAGUAGAUUUUACAGAAUUACCAAGAAAAGGGGGGUAUCGAUAUUUGUUGGUACUGACUGAUACCUUUUCAGGCUGGCCAGAAGCAUUCCCUACUAGAACAGCUAAAGCUCAGGAAGUAACUAAAGUACUGAUACAAGAAAUAAUACCACGAUUUGGGGUUCCGGCAAUCAUAUCCUCAGAUAGAGGACCACACUUUGUCUCAAAAGUAAUACAACAAAUUAGCCACCAUUUGGGUAUUGAUUGGCAGCUUCAUACCCCGUACCGCCCUCAGUCGAGCGGUCAAGUGGAGAAGAUGAACCACUUAAUCAAACAACAAAUUGUGAAAUUGGGGCAAGAAGCAAACUUGACAUGGCCUCAGUCCUUGCCCUUGGCCCUUUUACGCAUACGGACAAGGCCAAGGGCAAGGGAAGGGCUGAUCCCCUUUGAAAUUUUAUAUGGACAACCAUACGGGGUACAAAAAGGAAUAUCCACACAAAUUGGAGAUGAAAUUAUGAGCUCCUACAUGGUGGCGUUAGGGAAGCAACUCAAUAAGAUCAGAAAACAUGUAAUUGGUAUUCGAGGUAGAGGGUUGGAUGGACCUGUACAUGAUAUACAACCUGGGGACUAUGUAUAUGUUAAGUCUCUUACAGAAAAAACCUUGGAGCCACAGUGGGAAGGGCCAUUCCAGGUGCUGCUCACGACGUUCACAGCCAUCAAGAUUAAGGAAUACUCGGCCUGGAUACAUCACACCCGAGUGAAGAAAGCCCAUAAAUCCCCAUGGAAAGUUACCCAAGUUCGGCCGGGAAGAUUACGCUUCUCACGAUAA